AUGACGUCAUUGGCAGGCGCGGGGGAGGGGCACCUGAUUGCCAGGGUCUGCUCCGCGCUGCACCACCUCCCCACUCACGUGUUGCAUGUCCGUCUGCAGGAGAUCCGCAAGGUGGUGCAGACCCUGGAGCAGACAGCAAGGGAGAUCCUCACGCUGCUGCAGGGGGUGCACCAGGGCGCCGGCUUCCAGGACAUACCAAAGAAGUGUCAGAAGGCCCGGGAACAUUUUGGUGCAGUAAAAACACAGCUGGCCUCUUUGAAGACCAAGUUCCCUGCUGAUCAGUACUACAGGUUUCAUGAACACUGGAGGUUUGUGCUACAGCGGCUGGUGUUCCUGGCAGCAUUUGUGGUCUACUUGGAAACUGAAACAUUAGUCACUCGAGAAGCUGUUGCAGAAAUACUUGGAAUUGAGGCUGAUCGAGAGAAGGGCUUUCACCUGGACAUUGAAGAUUAUCUCUCUGGCAUUUUAACUUUUGCCAGUGAGCUGUCUCGGCUGGCAGUGAAUAGCGUCACAGCCGGCGAUUAUUCUCGUCCUCUCCGAAUCUCCACAUUUAUCAACGAGCUGGAUUCUGGCUUCCGUCUCCUCAACCUCAAGAAUGACUCGUUGAGGAAACGCUAUGAUGGCCUGAAGUACGACGUGAAGAAGAUUGAAGAAGUGGUGUAUGAUCUGUCAAUCCGGGGACUCAACAAGGAGACGAGUGGUGCAGGUGGAGAAAAAUAGAAGCUGCUUGUCUCGGCAGCACCAUUGAUUACCUCAGAUGGUUGCCAAUGAGGGAGGGGUGCUAGCAAAGCUCUCCUGCUUAGUUUAGAAAAACUACAAGUUGAAAACUGCUCUCUAUUUUCUUAAGAAAUGUGUAGUACAGGUGUUAGACCUUGAACCAUUUUGUACCACCCUGUCUCGGUAAAGGCAGCAGGCUUUCUGUGAAGUUACUCUGUCGUAAUUCCACGUGGAUGUCCUGUGAACCUUAGCCAUAACUGUUGAUAACUUCCUUCAGUACGGUUUCCUACUUAGCAUUACUCCUGCUGCCCUGAUGUAUUGUUCUGCUUCUGUUUUCUGUGCCCAUGCAUCCUCAGUGGUGCGUGUGGCAUGCAGCUUAGUGCAGAUACAGGUGGCAUUUUAAGAGCCACAAUGUGUAUAUACCUAGAUCUCUUUUUAAGAUACUGAACUUUAACAACCUUU